ACAUAUAUGUCAGGAUAGAAUUGACUCUUGAAUUGUAGCCACGACUGCCCAGGAAAUGCUUCAGCCAUUUGACAUUUAAAAAUACUUGUCUUAUCAAGAGUCGCAAACAUAGAUUCGUGCUAGAAUGGGCUGAGCAAACUAGGGCGUUGCUGUAAAACGCACUAGUCAAACGUCGUAAAAUACAUGAAAAAAUCUCUGCUGUGAAAACAUUUUUACUCUGACGGAAAAACAAGUACGAAAACGCCUGCCAAACUCAAGAAAUGAUGCGCUUCAUGCCACUGUUAGCCGUACUGUUUGUAGCGUUUUGUAGCGACGGGGCUCAUGCGUUACCAACUGUGAACAAACGGGUCCAGAACGAAGUAGAGAAGUCCAACGUUGCCGACCCGAUGUCUGAGUGGAACCUGGCGCUUCACGGGCCGAUGGAGGCACGGCAGACCACCGGGGAUUGUCGCCUGGCGGGCUACAGAAAAAGGAUUGCGAUGCCAUGGUGUCACACGGCUACCGUUCUCAUCAACGCCUGCCGCGGACACUGCGAGUCAGAGACCGCGCUGUCUUCAGACGCCACCGUGCAGGCCUCGGGUGGACUGCAUGUCUACACCACUAGGGGGAGCUGCUGCACCAUAGCAACGACGCAUCAGGUGACGUUCAGCAUGUACUGCUGGAGCGGUGUCCGGACAUACACCAUCGAGUCUGCUGCCAGCUGCGCAUGCGGAGUAUGUGACUACAACCAGUGAUGUUCAUGUAGGGGUUAAAUGCGCCAAAGAAAAGCUCGGGUCAAAUUCCCACGAUAUAGCUACUUCUG